CAGAAGGGGAAAAGUGCAGGAAAUCGCUCUCUUUUCCGAGUUUAGAAAUUUAAAAAUAUCGAUUUCAUAAACUUUUGCUGAUGGGAAUAUGGAAAAGCUGCAAUCUUUGAAAUGGGUUUUCUACGAUGCAGCGAAAAUAAACCAAAAUUAAGCGAAACUCCUUUGUUUUUUUGACUUCAAUGUCUGCUUAUUUCCAUCAUCACAACCAUCGUGGCUUUGAAUCGCUUCAGAAUUCUCGAAAUCUGUCCCUCUUUUUUCGUCAGUGGAAAAAUGGGUAUAGAAGGAAACUAGUUUGAAUCGAGAGUGAGAGUGAGAGAGAGAAAGAGGGGAAAGUUUGAAUCUUGAUUUUGUUUUUUUAAUUUUGAUGAAUUUUGUUGUGUGAAAGAAAAAAUGUCGGAUCUUUACGGAAGCAAUGAAUCUGAAGACAUGUCUUCUUUCCUUCAAAUUCUUCUCCAAAACUCUUCGUCUUCCGCCGCCGUCAGCGACGGAGCUGCGGCGGCCGGAGGGUUGUUCGGCGGCGGAGGGGCGGUGGCGGAAUCCUCCACUAGUCUAAGUUUCUCUGAUCCCAGCUGCUUCUUUGCCGGUGGGCCGAGUGGCAAGAAUCUUGCUUCUAAUUGUGAGGGAGGGGAAGCUUGUGAUAUACCGGUGAAUCCGGCUCCGCCUCGUUCUUCGAAGAGAAGUAGAGCUGCUGAAGUGCACAAUUUAUCAGAAAAGAGGAGGCGAAGUCGGAUCAACGAGAAACUGAAAGCGCUUCAGAAUCUGAUUCCAAAUUCUAACAAGACUGACAAGGCAUCUAUGUUGGAUGAAGCCAUUGAAUAUCUCAAACAGCUUCAACUCCAAGUUCAGAUGUUGACAAUGCGAAACGGGUUGAGUUUGCACCCCGGCUACUCCCUGCAGUCGAUGCUAGCACCCUCACCCGGUCUAGCCAUAGACGAAGGCAAUCCACUGCUGCACUCAAGCAGAGGCACAGAGGCACUCUCUAGGGACCAAGACGUCUUCCUACAGAGCUCCGUUGCACCCAUGAACCUCGGCCCCUCAGCCCUGCCAACGCUCGUGCCCUCCACACAAAAUGCUGCCAACUCUACAAUGCUCCCGAGCUAUGCACCCCCGUUGCAGCAGAACCGUUAUGGACUGCUCAACCAUAUAGCCUCCACGAAGGAUAUUUGCAGGGACGACGCGUUGUCAAGACUGAACAAUUCGUCACCGGGGGUGUCUUCAUAGUAGUUGUAAUGAACAGAGGAAAUAAGAAACACCAAUUUGAGAGAGGUGAUGUUGUUUCUAGUUAUGGAAAUGAUGUCAAGUUAAAAAAGAUCAUUGUUUAGAAGUAUUGGAUAUUGGAAAUACAGAUUGUGAACAUACUUGUUUCUCUUCUUAUUAUUUAAACCUCUCUCUUUUUUUAGCAUAA